AUGGCAGAUACGUGGCUUGCCACAUGUACACCUGCUGGUGUGGUUAGUGAACCAAUUAACAGGGUUAUUUCUGCUGAAUUACCGGAUAAAGAUGAAGAUCCUAUCCUGUACGAAAUCUCGUUCCAAACUCAAACAAGUACUAGUGACGACAGAUAUCCCAAAUAUCGUCGACGAUCGCCAGAACAGAGUGGGCAAAAUGGUACCAUCCGAAACCAUGAUAUUGAUAGCCGAUGGAUCGUUCCCUAUAAUCUGCUCCUUUUGAAAAUUUUUUAUGCCCACAUCAACGUAGAGUUGUGCAAUUCAAUAAAGUCAAUUCAAUAUGUUACUAAGUACAUUAAUAAAGGCAGUGAUCAAGUCACUUUCAGCAUACAAUCACCAAAUGAAGUGGAAAAAUAUCAGUCUGGACGUUACAUCUGCAGCUCUGAAGCUGUAUGGAGGAUUUUAUCAUUCGAAGUGCACGACCGGGCUCCCACAAUUGUUCACCUUGCAGUUCAUUUAGAAAAUGGACAAAGAGUAUAUUUCACUGAGAACAAUAUACAAGAAGUUGUUAAUAACCCGCGGGAUACAACAUUGACAGCACUUCUUCAAGUUAUGUGCUCAAGAUGA